AUGGCAGCCUGUGAGAGAGGUGACCUGGCGGCAGCAAGGAGCCUGCUGGCCGCUUCUGCAGAUCUCUUCGCGAAAGAUGCCACGGGACGUUCCGCCAUCCUCUUCGCAGCUUCUGCGGCCAGUGUUGAGGUUCUCAAAGUGCUCUUGGAGCAUGCAGCUGAUGUGAACAGCUCCAACUGUGCUGGCCACACUUGUGUUAUGUAUGCAGUUGGCGCUGGCCAGGACAACUCCAAAUCUGCACAACGCUUGGAGACGGUGCGCUUCUUGCUGGAUGAAGGCGCUUCCGUCAACGGAGCUACUGGCUACGGCCUCUCCGCGCUAAUGCUGGCAGCAGCUUCAGGACGUGUCCAGAUGGUUGAGCUGCUCAUUGAGCGGGCUGGCAACAUCAACGCCGCAUCGGACAUCGGCUUGACGGCGCUGGUCAUGGCUGCUGACAAGGGCAGCCCUGUCAAGCACAUCGGCACCUGCAACGAGCUCAACGCUGCUUACCUAGCAGAUGGGUACAGCCGCAUCAAAGGCUUUGGAGUUGCUGCGGUGACCUAUGGGCCUGGGGCCUUCAACGCUGUCAACGCUGUGGCUGGGGCCUACGAUGCGAACGUCCCUAUGCUCUUGGUGUCCGGAGCCCCACAGACGGCGCGGUAUCGACAGCGUGGCAAGCUGCUCCUGCACCAUGCAGUUGGCAGUGACUUGGAUGCAACCAUCCGUGUUUUUACACCCAUCACUGCUGCAGCCGCUCGCAUUGAUACGGCAGAGGAGGCUAUUCCAACCAUCGACUGGCUGCUGAAGGUUGCCCUGGACCAAAAGAGACCAGUCUACCUGGAGAUCCCUUUUGACAUGCAGAAGGCCGUGAUCCAAGCACCGGCCAGCCUGAACUACCAGCCACCCAGCAGCGACGAACGGGCCCUUCACAGAGUGGUCGAAGAGGUUGCUCGUGUUGUGAACAGCACACAGAAGGUUGGUGUGCUGGUGGGAGUUUUCGUUGAUCGAGAAGGUCUGCAGCAGGUGGCAGAAGACAUGUUGAGUGCCAGCAACCUGCCCUUUGCAACCACUUUCGACCAGAAAGCUGGCUACCUGGAACACCUCCCGAACUGCGUAGGCUUCUACCAGGGAGGCGUCUCGGCGCAGUCGGUGCGCGAUGCCACCGAGGGCGCUGACAUCCUCCUCACGCUUGGCAUGCCGCAGACAGAGUUCAACCUAGGCUUCCUGACCCAUGACUUCAAGGAGGGAGAUGGCUCUUUUCAGAUGACUGGCAUGGAGCUUGGUACCCUGCUGCGGCACAAUCUGAAUUUCUUGCUCAUCAUCCUGAAUAACGCCGGAUACACUGCAGAACGUGCUAUCCACCCUGAGAGGGAUGAUUCUUACAAUGACAUUCAAGUCUGGAACUAUCACCUGCUGCCCCAAGCACUGGGUGGCCGGCAGGGUUCCAACGGCGUGGACGUGUUCACGGAGUCUCAGUUCACUGAGGCCCUGGCAUCAUACGAGUCUGGCAAGGGCCUCCAUGUAGUGAAUGCAAGGCUGGACAAGAUGGAUAUUCCCGCCUUUUUUCGAGAGAUGAGCGACAUGCUGCGACAUGACGGUGUCGUGACGCUGCUGUUGCAGAGUGCUGCCAGUCCUGAUUACCGCUACUCGAACGGAAAGACGGCGCUCAUGGGAGCAGCUGCACUAGCGCAUACAGCUGUGGUCGUUGCGCUGCUGGCGCAUCGGGCAGAUGUCAAUGCUCAGUCCACCGGCAACCAGACGCCCCUUUUGUAUGCUGUGGAGACUGGCCUCAAGGAUGGCUUGGUUUGCCCUGUUCCUGGCGAGGUGCACAAGCCCGGGGCAGAGGCGACCACACAGGCGCUUCUGAGUGCCGCCGCAGAUCCAGAUUUGGCAGGCCCAAGGCAGCGGACAGCCUUGCACAUCAGUGCGGCUUACGGCAGUGUAAAGCUGGCGGCCUUGCUUCUGACAGCUGGAGCUUCCCUGGAUGCCAUGGACGAGGAUGGCCGACGUCCGAUGGAUGGUGCCCGGCCAGAGUUUCGGGAAGCGGUGCAGGCUGCGUCGGGAAGCAAAGGUGCAGGCAAGCCAUUGUUGCAGAGACUUGGCGAUCUUUGUCUGCUAUGUUGUCCUGGUGCGUGA